AUGUCGUUGAAGCAGGAAAUCGAGACCUGGGUGGCCGCGCUGGCCGCGUACGAUAAUAACGAAUUCGACGAAGCCCUGAGCUAUUUCGACGCCAUCGCCGACACCUCCAAAAUCCUCUUCAACUGCGGCGUCAUCCACGCGACCCUCGGCGAACAUGAGAAAGCCGUGGUCUGCUAUCAGCGCGCUGUUAGCCUGGACCAGUACCUCGCCGUGGCCUACUUCCAGCAAGGAGUCUCCAACUUCCUGAUGGGCGAUUUCGAAGAGGCUCUGGCCAACUUUAACGACACACUCCUGUAUUUGCGCGGAAACAACAACAUCGAUUACGAGCAGCUGGGCUUGAAGUUCAAGCUGUAUUCUUGCGAGGUCCUGUUUAACCGCGGUCUUUGUUACAUUUAUUUGCAACAGAAGGAUGCUGGUAUGCAGGACCUGUCUUUUGCCGCCAAGGAGAAGGUUGUCCCGGACCAUGAUGUUAUCGAGGAAGCUAUCGAGGAGCAGGCGGAAGGAUACACCGUCUUUUCCAUCCCGGUUGGAAUCGUCUACAGACCGAACGAAGCGAAGGUCAAGAACUUGAAGGCCAAGGAUUAUCUCGGAAAAGCCCGUCUCGUGGCGGCCACGGACCGCAACAAUGCCUUCACCGGCUUUGCUGGUGCGGAGAUUAAGAAGCUCAACGAUGGCGUUGUCGGCUCAGCGAAGGACGAUAGGCCUGACGACAAGAUUUCUUAUGCGGCCACCAACCUCGUCAAGCCUGGUUUGACCAGCAGGUCAAGACAGCAGUCUGAGCCGCCAAUUAACCGCAACGUAUUUCCACCGACCCCGCCGCCAGAGGCAGAGAACAGAAAACUCACCUCUCCUGGUCGUACCCAGUCUACUCGUUCGUCGGACCGUAAGCCCGCGCCGCUGGAACUCGGACGCGCCGCAUUCGAGCAGCCUCCUUCCCGCCCGAGACCUACUAGGUCCAUGUCAGAACGCCCGCGUCCCACCAGGGAAUACUCUCACUCGUCCUCGCGCAGUAUGGACACGACUUCGAGCCGUAGCACGCGCCAGACGCCCCUGCGCCGGGCCGUGGUUUCAGACGAGGAAGACGACUCCUACCCCGACGAGCUGUACGACAUGUACGACCGGGGCCCGAACAGGAACCCGUAUGGCGGCGGGCGGUCCCGCUCCCGACCUGUGCGUCCCAUGUACAUCGAAGAAGAAGAGGAAGACCCGUACGACCAGUCGUCGGUCGAGGAGGGCGACUUCGACAUCAUCCCUCCGGCGCGCCAGCGGACAAGACGCCCCUCGGCCGCCGGCAGCAGCCGCGUGCGCGGCCAGUCGGCGCAGCGGCGCAGCCAGCCCGGCAUGCGCACCAUUCGCGUCAAGGUGCACGCCGACGACACGCGCUACGUUUUCAUCGAGCCGAACGCGCGGUUCGUCCUUUUCGUCGAUCAGAUCCGGGACAAGUUCGCGCUGCGCAAGAACUUCAAGAUCAAGAUCAGGGACGAGAAUGACAUGAUUACCAUGAGCGACCAGGACGAUCUGGACAUGGCCAUCAUGAGCAGUAAGCAAGAAGCUAAAAGAGAGCGGGCAGAGAUGGGAAAGAUGGAGGUUUGGGUGCAAGAGGUGUAG